AAUUUCCAAUGUUACAUCGAGUUCUGUGAUCCUUUCUCGGUAUUGCUCCCAUGUCUCACCAAGUGUCAUUGUCAUUUUUUCCGAUAUCAGGAAUUAUUUCAAAAAAUAAAAUUGUCCGUGUUAAUAUUUCGAUAUCUUUGUUAAUAUCUUAGUGACUUAAUUUAGCGUUUCCCACCGGAAAGAUGGAUAUAAGAAAACCUAACAUAUUGGGCGAUUAUUUAAGACAUAAAGAUAUAAAUUGUUAUCUGGAUUAUCUAGCUCGGAGGUAUAGUAGAUUUGUAACCGUUUUUCCGAUCGGGACUUCAUUCGAGGGGCGGUCAAUAAAGGCGAUCAAAAUCGACUUGAAUAAGGGAAGCAGGAAGAGGGAGAGACAGUGGGUAUUUAUAGAAGCUGGAACUCAUGGUAGGGAGUGGAUAACAAUUUCAACCGCUCUGUUUUGCAUUUAUCAAUUGACCGAGAAGUGCUUCAGAAAUGUAGAUAUUUUAAAACAAAUUGGAUUCAUAAUUGUUCCUGUUGUGAAUGCUGAUGGAUACGAAUAUACUCAUGAGACGAAUGUUUCAUGGAGGAAAAAUCGUCGCCCUAUACCCAACUGCAGAUACGUCGGGACUGACUGCAAUCGAAACUAUGAUUUUCAAUGGGAAGGAGGCUUAUCACGUUUAGGCAAAAGUACUUUCCAAGGAGAAGUUCCAUUCUCGGAACCAGAAACUCGAGCCAUUCGAAAUGUUCUAAAAAGAUUUAGCCCCAAUAUCAAGUUCUUCCUUUCGUUCCAUUCCUACGCCCAGUCACUUAUGUAUCCCUGGGGCUACUCAAAGGAUCUUCCUCCUUCCUGGGAGAAGCUGCAGCAGUUAGCGGAAUGCGGUCGAACGGCGAUCAAGAAAGCGACCGGCCGUUCAUACCGCUGCGGAAGUAUAUCCAAACUGACCCAUAGGACAGUGCAUGGGUCCAUUGCAGACUACGCUUAUGGAGUUGAGAAGAUACCAUUUGUUAUAGUCAUGGAGCUUCCAUCUUCAAAAUUUGGAUUUCGUCCACCAAACACGGAAAUUGAAUCAAUUGUUACAGAAAGCUGGACUGGAAUCAAAGCCAUGUGUCGACGAGUAAUUAAAAAUUGUCAGUAA